AUGCUUGGAAUGGUGCAGUCGCCACAAGCGGUCCCGAAAGUUCAGCCAGUGGUUCCGCAGAACAGUCAGCUGACAAUACAGCCAACACAACAGCCAGUCGUUCAGCCCGCCCCAUUAUUGCCUGGGAAGGGUGGCACACAGGAUCAAGCAGGUGUAUCUCACACUCAUAUUCCUCCGAGGAAACACCAAAACCAGCCUUCAGUGCCAGUUUCGUAUUCGACUGUUCCUGCAACGAGUCAUCUGUCUCAGCCCAUGGCUGCACAUUCUAUGCAGAUGCCACAACAGCCCAAAGGACAUCUGACUCCGCAAGUGGCUCCGGCAACUGUUCCACAAUCAUCACAACUUCCAAAGAUACCUCCACCCUCUGUUCAUUCAUCUUCACAGCCACAUCAUCCAACACAAAUGCCAACUGCCUCUAAUCAGCAACCGUUGCAGACACCUGGAUUUCCGCAUAUGCCUAUGCAGCCACCACUGCCACCACAGCUCAGACCACCUUCAGUGCAAACCUUCCAUCCCCAAUAUCCCCCACAAAUGGGUGCAAACUUAGGCUUUCAACAUGCUGGUGGUGCUUCUCACAAUCAUCCGCAACCCAUGUAUCAUCCUGGUGCAAAACCUCCUUCUAAUGUUGGAUCUGCGUUCCCACUGGGGCAGGCACCACUACAAAAUCCACAAUCAUCUCAGUCACCUUAUCAGGUUGGAAAUAUGCCUUUCGGGUCUGAUUUUGGCAGUCAAGCUGGAAAUGCAAUGCAAAUUGAUAGAGGGUCUUCUUGGAUGCCUGGUCCUUCAGAAAAUCUAUCACAGCAUUCUGGUCCUCCGGGACCACCAUCUAUGGUUGCUGGUCAGAUGGGUGCUGCUAAUCAGUCUCUUCGGCCUCCUGCGUUGACCCCAGAUAUGGAGAAGGCAUUGCUUCAGCAGGUCAUGAGUCUCACACCAGAGCAGAUAAAUCUUCUGCCUCCGGAACAAAGAAAUCAAGUGUUGCAACUGCAGCUAAUGUUGCGUAAAUGA